CGGGGCGCAUGCGCGUGAUGCUGCCGACGAUGAGGUCACUCGUCGUAGGGAUUAGAUGCAACCGUCGGUGGUUCAGUCAAGGGUCACUGCCUGCUCAACCGAAAUCCCGAGUAGCGCAGUUCAAAGAGGAGCUUGCCGCCCUGACGGCGAAGGCAUACAAGGGAGGAGGCCAGGAGCGCAUAGACAAGCAGCAUGAGAAGGGGAAAUUGACAGCCAGAGAGCGUCUUGAGAUCCUGCUGGACGAGGGUUCAUUCAUCGAGUACGACCAGCUGCUCGAGCACCGUUGCGCGGAAUUCGGCAUGGAGAAGCAGAAGUACCCUGGAGAUUCAGUGGUGACUGGGCAAGGAGCGAUCAACGGAAGGCUUGUGUUCGUCUUCAGCCAAGACUUCACCGUGUUGGGAGGAAGCUUGUCCGAGGCCCACUCGUUGAAGAUUCAGAAGAUCAUGGACAAGGCCAUGCGAGUGGGUGCACCUGUGAUCGGACUGAACGAUUCAGGAGGAGCGCGCAUCCAGGAAGGAGUUGACUCCCUCGGAGGAUAUGCGGAAAUUUUCCAGAGGAAUGUGCUGGCGUCAGGCGUCGUUCCCCAGCUCUCAGUGAUCAUGGGACCAUGUGCUGGAGGGGCUGUAUACUCUCCUGCGUUGACGGACUUCAUCAUCAUGGUUGAGAACACUUCGCAUCUGUUCAUUACUGGUCCUCAGGUUGUCAAGACAGUGACUCAUGAAGAUGUGACAACAGCGGAGCUCGGAGGAGCAGCGGUGCACACUAAGAUCUCAGGAGUUGCGCACCUCUCAGCAGAGAACGAGAUCGACGCGCUGCAAGCGACCAGGAGACUCUUCAACUUUCUUCCGUUGAACAACAAGGAGCAGGCGCCGAGAAGGUACACCCAGGAUCGACGAGACAGGCAGGAAUUGUCGCUCGGUCGGAUUGUCCCCGAUGAUCCCAACACUCCUUACGACAUGCAUGAGAUCAUAAAGAAGAUUGUUGAUGACAACGAUUUCUACGAGAUCAUGCCGGCUUACGCGCAAAACAUCAUCUGCGGUUUCGCUCGCCUUGAGGGAAGAACCGUCGGAGUUGUCGGCAACCAGCCGCUGCAUCUUGCAGGCUGCCUGGACAUCGACGCCUCAGUCAAAGGCGCUCGCUUCGUGCGGUUCUGCGACUGCUUCAAUAUCCCCAUCCUGACCAUGGUCGAUGUGCCUGGAUUUCUUCCUGGGCUCUCUCAAGAGCAGGGAGGCAUCAUCAGGAAUGGCGCGAAGCUGCUCUAUGCCUACGCGGAGGCGACAGUGCCGAAGCUCACGGUUAUCACACGCAAGGCCUAUGGUGGAGCGUAUGAUGUGAUGGCAUCGAAGCAUCUGCGUGGAGACAUCAACCUCGCCUGGCCCAACUCAGAGAUUGCGGUGAUGGGAGCAGCAGGUGCUGUGAACAUCAUUUUUCGAGGGUUGGAUGGCUCGAGGACGAAGGCGGAGGUGGAGAAGUACGAGAGGCUUUUUGCGAACCCCUUGACCGCAGCGAGGAGAGGAUACAUCGAUGCUGUCAUCGAGCCUCACACCACCCGUACAAGAUUGUGCAUGGAGCUUGACGCGCUGCUCCACAAGCAGCUGUCAAACCCAUGGAAGAAGCAUGGAAACAUCCCUCUCUAGUUGCGACAGCAGGAGGCAAGGAAGCAGUUCAGACGUCAAGAGGCUGCAUGCUCGGCUGGCGGCGAGUGACGGAUACGAUGUGCCGACCUGAACCCCCACAGGAGCAGUCGUCCUGGCAGGGCUUGCGGAGCUCCAGCUCGACCUUGGAGCCUUCGGGCCCGCGAACCUGAUCGGGGACGGUCUUGACAUCCGUUGCUGGCUGCCCGUCGACGGAGAGCAGAAUAUCACCCUCCUGUUGUACAAGGAAAUCAUUCAAUCCC